UUUUCUUAAAUACUACAAUACCAGAUAUUUCAGGUUAUUCACUGUCACUUUCCACGCGACCACGCCUAUGGGUUGGAAUUUUUGGUAGGAGAUACUGUAGCUCUAAGAUCUUUCCCCUGACUAAGCAUCUGGGAUGACUGGUUGGUACACGCCCUGAGCAGCCGCCGAGCUUUCGGUGGCAGUGUACGGCGCCUAGAGCUUGAUAUUAUAACAGAAAGAUCGGAAGAUAUUUGUUGCCACGGAUUGAAAAGCUGAAAGGGAUGGGUGAUGGGCUGAUGCGUGAUGGCUACAGCAUCUUCCGUCAAACUAUUUCUUCUCGUCUACCUGCAGGAUCCCAACUCCCAACACCAAUUCCUUCAGCUUCCAUUCUUCAUCAGGCUAACAGGGAGAAGCUUCUGCAUCACAGCAUCAUCAGGAAGGGAGGUGCCUCUCGGUCGUGUGUUCUUGGAUGCGAUGGUGCCAUGGAGGAUGGAGGCGCGCCUGGCCGAGACCGUGUGGGUGGUGCUCCUCGGCUGGCUCUCCUCCUGCCUCACCGUCGCCGGCGACGUCGCUCGCGCGCUCAGAAGCAGCGAUCUCUCCAUCUAAAAGCCAUUUUCGACAUCGCCAGCGGCAAAGAACCGACUCCGCGUGGCGCUCCAUUUGGCGUACAGAGAAACAAGAUUGCAGGGUAACCAGUAACCAGUCUGUAGACAGAGUUUCAUCCAUAAUUGGACGAGUUUGAUGUAAAAGUGAAAUCUUCAUAUAGCAUAGAUGUAAAAUCUUGUGUCAAGCAGAGAAAUAGCUAUCGCUCAGAGUGUCCUGACUUUCUAACACAGAUAGCACUGAAGGGACUAA